AUGUUUUUCUCCUUGUCUACAGUGACUGUUCUUGUUCCACUGAUAUCAUUGUCUGGACUGUUUUACUCGGCAGCCAUGGAUGACAAUUUCCCUCAAGGCUGCACGAGUGCAAGCAGUGUGUGUUUCUACAGCCUGCUGUUGCCAGUAACAAUUCCCGUUUAUGUUUUCUUUCACCUUUGGAAGUGGAUGGGUAUCAAGCUGUUUAGACACAAUUAAGACUGCAGUUUAAUUUUUCUUCCCACAGAAUAUUUUAAUUGUACAAAUUAUUGUGAACAAUUCCUGCUUGUAAACACAGUGGAUAUUCAUAUCUAUGAACACUGAAAAACACUGAAGCGAACAAUGUAAAAUACUGAAUAAAACUGCAUAUAACAAA